UCUGCACUGAGUCCUCGGGACCCCAAGAGAGUAGGUUGUGUUUGCUUAGGUCGCGCGCGGGACGCUACCUGGCGCGACAGAUUGUGUCUCGCAGCCGGGAUAACCUGGCUUACUGGUGUCCGCGGACGCCGCUGCAGCCGCGGCCGGAGCCAAGGCGCCGGUGCCCCGCGCUCUCCCAGGUCCUGAGCCUCUGCGCGCAAACCGCUUGUGUGACUUCCUCGCCGGCCGGGAACCGAGAAAGAGUCCGUGCCCGAGAAUUGGGCUCUGCGCCCAGCGCCGAGGUGCAGGAUGGAGAGCAAGGCGCUGCUGGCUGUCGCUCUGUGGCUCUGCGUGGAGACCCGGGCCGCCUCUGCGGGUUCGCCUGGUGAUUUCCUCCAUUCGCCCAAGCUCAGCACACAAAAAGACAUACUUACAAUUCUGGCAAAUACAACCCUUCAGCUUACUUGCAGGGGACAGAGAGACCUGGAUUGGCUUUGGCCCAACAGUCAGCACGGUUCUGAAGAAAGGGUGUUGGUGACUGGGUGCAGCGACAGUGUCUUCUGCAAAACACUCAGAAUCGCAAAAGUGGUCAGCAAUGACACCGGAGCCUACAAGUGCUCCUAUAGGGACAGCGACAUGGCCUCCACCGUUUAUGUCUACGUUCAAGAUUACAGGUCCCCGUUCAUUGCCUCCGUCAGCGACCAGCACGGCAUUGUGUACAUCACUGAGAACAAAAAUAGAACUGUGGUGAUUCCGUGCCGAGGGUCAAUUUCAAACCUCAACGUGUCACUCUGUGCCAGAUAUCCAGAAAAGAGAUUUGUCCCGGAUGGAAACAGAAUUUCCUGGGACAGCGAGACAGGCUUUACCAUCCCCAGCUACAUGAUCAGCUACGCCGGCAUGGUCUUCUGUGAGGCAAAGAUCAAUGAGGAAACCUACCAGUCUAUCAUGUACAUAGUUGUGGUCGUAGGAUACAGGAUUUAUGACGUGACACUGAGCCCCCCUCAUGGACUCGAGCUAUCUGCCGGAGAGAAGCUCGUCUUAAACUGUACAGCAAGAACUGAGCUCAACGUGGGGCUGAACUUCAACUGGCAAGUCCCUUCUUUGAAGCAUCAGCACAAGAAGGUUGUAAACCGGGACCUGAAACCCCUUCCUGGGACCGUGACGAAGAAAUUUUUGAGCACCUUGACAAUAGACAGUGUGACCCGGAAUGACCAAGGGCUGUAUGUUUGUGCAGCGUCCAGUGGGCUGAUGACCAAGAGAAACAGCACAUUUGUGCGAGUCCACACAAAACCUUUUAUUGCUUUUGGUAGCGGGAUGAAAUCUGUGGUGGAGGCCACGGUGCGCAGCCAAGUCCGAAUCCCUGUGAAGUAUCUCAGUUACCCAGCUCCUGAUAUCAAAUGGUACAGAAAUGGAAGACCCAUUGAAUCCAAUUAUACAAUGAUAGUGGGCAAUGAGCUCACAAUCAUGGAAGUGAGUGAAAAAGAUGCAGGAAACUACACCAUCAUCCUCACCAAUCCCAUUACAAUGGAGAAACAGAGCCACGUGGUUUCUCUGAUUGUGAAUGUCCCACCCCAGAUUGGUGAGAAAGCCUUGAUCUCUCCCAUGGAUUCCUACCAGUAUGGUACCAUGCAGACGCUGACAUGUACCGUCUAUGCCAACCCUCCCCUGCACCACAUCCAAUGGUACUGGCAGCGAGAAGAAGCAUGCACCUACAAGCCCAGCCAAACAAACCCCUAUACUUGUAACGAAUGGAAACAUGUGGAGGAUUUUCAAGGGGGAAAUAAGAUCGAAGUCACCAAGAACCAAUAUGCCAUCAUUGAAGGAAAAAACAAAACUGUGAGUACCCUGGUCAUCCAAGCGGCCAAUGUGUCAGCACUGUACAAGUGUGAAGCCGUCAAUAAAGUGGGACGAGGAGAGAGGGUGAUCUCCUUUCACGUGAUCAAGGGUCCGGAAAUUACUGUGAGACCUGCUGCCCAGCCAACUGAGCAGGAGAGCGUGUCUCUGUUGUGCACCGCAGACAGAAAUACAUUUGAGAACCUCACGUGGUACAAGCUUGGCUCACAGGCAACAUCCGCCCACGUGGACGAGCCAGUUUGCAAGAUCUUGGAUGCCCUUUGGAAGCUGAAUGCCACUAUGUUUUCUAACAGCACCAAUGACAUCUUGAUUGUGGCGUUCCAGAAUGCUUCCCUGCAGGACCAAGGAGACUAUGUCUGCUCAGCUCAAGACAAGAAGACCAAGAAAAGACACUGCCUAGUCAAGCAGCUCAUUAUCCUAGAACGCAUGGCACCCAUGAUCACGGGGAAUCUGGAGAACCAGACGGCAACCAUUGGUGAAACCAUUGAAGUUGCUUGCCCAGCGUCUGGAAACCCUACUCCACACAUCACAUGGUUCAAAGACAAUGAGACACUGGUGGAAGACUCGGGCAUCGUACUAAAAGAUGGGAACCGGAACCUAACCAUCCGCAGGGUGAGGAAGGAGGACGAGGGCCUCUACACCUGCCAGGCCUGCAAUGUCCUCGGAUGUGUGAGAGCGGAGACGCUCUUCAUCAUAGAAGGUGCCCAAGAAAAGACCAACUUGGAAGUCAUUAUUCUCGUAGGCACUGCAGUGAUUGCCAUGUUCUUCUGGCUACUUCUUGUCAUCGUUCUACGGACCGUUAAGCGGGCCAAUGAAGGGGAACUGAAGACAGGCUACUUGUCCAUUGUCAUGGAUCCAGAUGAACUGCCCUUGGAUGAGCGCUGUGAACGCCUGCCUUAUGAUGCCAGCAAAUGGGAAUUCCCCAGGGACCGGCUGAAACUAGGGAAGCCUCUUGGCCGCGGUGCCUUUGGCCAAGUGAUUGAGGCAGAUGCCUUUGGAAUUGACAAGACAGCAACUUGCAAAACAGUGGCCGUCAAGAUGUUGAAAGAAGGAGCCACACACAGCGAGCACCGAGCCCUCAUGUCUGAACUCAAGAUCCUCAUCCACAUUGGCCACCAUCUCAACGUGGUCAACCUUCUAGGUGCCUGCACCAAGCCAGGUGGGCCUCUCAUGGUGAUUGUAGAAUUCUGCAAAUUUGGAAACCUAUCAACUUACUUACGGGGCAAGAGAAAUGAAUUUGUUCCCUAUAAGAGCAAAGGGGCACGAUUCCGCCAGGGGAAGGACUAUGUUGGCGAACUCUCUGUGGAUCUGAAACGCCGCCUGGAUAGCAUCACCAGCAGCCAGAGCUCCGCCAGCUCGGGAUUUGUUGAGGAGAAAUCCCUCAGUGAUGUAGAGGAAGAAGAAGCUUCUGAAGACUUGUACAAGGACUUUCUGACCUUGGAGCAUCUCAUCUGUUACAGCUUCCAAGUGGCUAAGGGCAUGGAGUUCUUGGCAUCCCGGAAGUGUAUCCACAGGGACCUGGCUGCACGAAACAUUCUCCUGUCGGAGAAGAACGUGGUUAAGAUCUGUGACUUCGGCUUGGCCCGGGAUAUUUAUAAAGACCCAGAUUAUGUCAGAAAAGGAGAUGCACGACUGCCUUUGAAAUGGAUGGCCCCGGAAACAAUUUUUGACCGAGUAUACACAAUUCAGAGCGAUGUGUGGUCUUUCGGUGUUUUGCUCUGGGAAAUAUUUUCCUUGGGUGCUUCCCCAUAUCCAGGGGUCAAGAUUGAUGAAGAAUUUUGUAGGAGGUUGAAAGAAGGAACUAGAAUGAGGGCUCCUGACUACACCACCCCAGAAAUGUACCAGACCAUGCUGGACUGUUGGCAUGAGGACCCCAAUCAGAGACCCUCGUUCUCAGAGUUGGUGGAACAUUUGGGAAAUCUCCUGCAAGCAAAUGCUCAGCAGGAUGGCAAAGACUACAUUGUUCUUCCAAUGUCAGAGACACUGAGCAUGGAAGAGGAUUCUGGACUCUCCCUGCCUACCUCACCUGUUUCCUGUAUGGAGGAAGAGGAAGCAUGCGACCCCAAAUUCCAUUAUGACAACACAGCAGGAAUCAGUCAUUAUCUGCAGAACAGUAAGAGAAAGAGCCGGCCAGUGAGUGUAAAAACAUUUGAAGAUAUCCCAUUGGAGGAACCAGAAGUGAAAGUAAUCCCAGAUGACAGCCAGACGGACAGCGGGAUGGUCCUCGCAUCAGAGGAGCUGAAAACUCUGGAAGACAGGAACAAAUUAUCCCCAUCUUUUGGGGGAAUGAUGCCCAGUAAAAGCAGGGAGUCUGUGGUCUCAGAAGGCUCCAACCAGACCAGUGGCUACCAGUCUGGGUAUCACUCAGAUGACGCAGACACCACUGUGUACUCCAGUGACGAGGCAGGACUUUUAAAGCUGGUGCAUGCCGACUCUGGGACCACUUUGCGCUCACCUCCUGUUUAAAAAGGAAGUGUCCCCACCCCCACCCCCACCCCAUCUCCUGGAAAUCAUGUGAGAGGUGCUGCUCAGAUUUUCAAGUGUUGUUCUUUCCACCACCCGGAAGUAGCACAUUUGAUUUUCAUCUCAGAAGAAGGACCUCAGGCUGCAAAGAGCUUGUCCUCAGGGCAUUUCCAGAGAAGAUGCCUGUGACCCAAGAAUGUGUUGACUGUACUCUCUUCUCCAUUCAUUUUAAAAUCGUAUAUAGUGUACCCCUUAAAACAAAAGACAUUCAAACAGUGGCUCUGUCCUCCAAGAAGUAGCCGUACCUGGGUAAUGGACACCUCUGUGGAACUGGGUGCAAUGUUAGUGCUUUGUGCGUUGAAGAUGGGUGAAAUGCCUAAGAGCUGAGUCUAUCUAAAAGGCUUUGUUGAGGAUGUGGGCUCCGAGCCAAGUGUAAAGUGAGGGAUGUGGACAGGUAGGAAGGAAGGCGCAAACUUGCCCAGAGAGCGGCUGGAGCCUUGCAUACACAUUGUGUUGGCUCUGGCGGAGGUGGGCAUGUGGCCUGUCAGGAAACGCAAAGGCGGCCGAGGCUCCUGGUUUUAGACGGUUGCGUGCUCUUCACAGUCGGGCUACAGGCGAGUUCCUUGUGCUGUUUCCUACUCCUAAUGAGAGUUCCUUCCGGACUCUUACGUGUCUCCUGGCCUGGCCCCAGGAAGGAAAUGAUGCAGCUUGCUUCUCAUCUCCCAGGCUGCGCCUUAAUUCAGAACACCAAAAGAGAGGACACUUGCAGAGGUUCCCCGUCCUGUCAAAGGGCUUAGCUGUUAGUGCACAGUGCAACUCAGGGUCUCUCCUGGGUGGACACCCCCAUGUCUGCCCUGGUGGCAGCGUCUGAGGCCAAGUGCGGCGGGUUCUGUGUCGGCUUGUAUUGCAAAAGGCUCAGACAGGAUGUAUCCAUUUGUUCCUCCUCUAACCCCACUCCGCUCUCACCCCCCGAGUCCUCAGUAUUUUAGCUUUGUGGCCUCUCGAUGGCAGAAAAAACCUUAAUUGGUUUGUUCACUCUCCAGAUAAAUCAUCACUAGCCAGAUUUCAACAUUACCUUAGAGCAAAGGUUAUAAUAACAUCUACUGUAUCGUAUAGAAUGUUAACAUAUUAAGCUAUGUCUACUGGAUUCCCCCCCCUUUGGGCUUACGUUUUCUCAAAAAAGAAACUGUACUUUUCAUUUGGUACCAUAGUGUGAAAAGCUGGGAACAAUGACUGUAAAACAUGCUAUGGCACAUAUAUUUAUAGUCUGUUAUGUAGAACAAAUGUAAUAUAUUAAAACUUUAUAUUAUAUAUAAUGAACUUUGUACUAUUCGCAUUUUGUAUCAGUGUUAUGUGGCAUGACAGAGAUUAUAAUGUGGAUGCCGUUUUAUUAAAAACAUUGAAACACUCGAAGGAAUCCUCUCACGGGGAUGUGCAGCUCUGCCUAUCAUUUCUCUCAUCUCAGACGGAGGAGGAGGAGUCAGAUAUAAUGUGAGUGCGUUCUACUUUUCCUCGUUCUCUAUUCUUAUAAAGAAUAUUUUCAUCAAAUGUUUAUAUGCUUUAUAAACCAAUAAAUGUAUUCUGAGUAAA